AUGGAACCUGAUCUUGAAGAAAACACAAGAUUAUUAUCUCCAGAUCCACAAAAUCCAGAAGAUGAAGGUUAUUUCAAUGCUCGUUUUUGUCCUAAUUCCCGUCAAACAUUCCGGAUUUGCCUUAACUUAAAAACCCUAAUUGAUAAAAUCGUCCCCAUAAUCUUCCCAGAAUCAGAAAUCACAUGUCAAAACUCACCAAUCCUAAACCGAAACGUAAUUGAUCUCGUUUAUAAAGCAGCAGGUGGUAAAGGGAAUGGUGAACGAGGUACAAGUUCUCAUAAAUAUCGUGCGGCUUUAGUAUUUUGUUUAUUAAGAGUUUGUGGCUGGUAUUGGCAACAAAGUAUUGAUGAAUUAACUGAUAAUGAACUUUAUAAACUUCGUGCAACCACGGCUCAAAGAUUGGCUGUUAUUAUUAUUGAACGUGAAACUGAAGAUGAUCAAUAUUUGUUUUUAGGUAUGUUAUGUCAUCGUUAUUCUAUUUGUUUAUUAGGAAUUGAUGCUGAUCCUGUAAGUGCUUUAGAAUUGGCGGUUGAUAUGCAUUCAACAAUGGUGAUUGGUGCAAGUGGUUAUCAAAGAUGUAUUAAAUGGUUAUGGAGAGGUUGGAUUGUUCAAUCAGAUACUGAUCCUCAUGCUUAUAUUAUGUAUAAAGAUGUUGCAUCCAAUUCAAUUGGAGCUCAUUUUGAUCCAGCAAGAAUUAAAACUCCUUAUUAUCAAAAUAUUUUGGAGAUUUUCUUUAAUUUAUUAUAUUUGGGAUUAUUUAGUAUUAUCUUAAAUGAAAGUAGAGAAGAAGUAGUUGCUCCUGAUUUCAUUGAAAUUUUAUUUUAUUUAUUUACCCUUGGAUCAGUAUCGGAUGAAAUUAUGAAAUUUUAUCAUGUUGGUUGGUAUUAUUUUAGUUUUUGGAGUGCAUUAAAUGAUACCAUGUAUUCAAUUAUUUCAAUUGCGGUAUUCUUUAGGUUUUAUAGUUUGAAUUUUGAUAGUCCUGAAAAAAGACAGAAUUAUCAUGAAAUUUCAUUCCGAUUACUUUCAUGUGCCGCUCCGUUAAUGUGGUCUCGAUUAUUAUUAUAUCUUGAUGCUCAACAAUUUGUCGGGGCGAUGAUUGUGGUUUUAAAAACCAUGAUGAAAGAAUCAAUAUUGUUCUUUGUAUUAUUAUUCGUGGUCAUAAUUGGAUUCUUACAAGGAUUCUUAGGAUUAGAUAUUGCUGAUGGUUCAAAUGAUGCCACUAGAAGAAUCUUAAUUAGUUUAAUCAAAGCCGUAGUUGGUGAUUCUUCAUUGGAUGAUAUGGGUAAUUUAAUGCCACCAUAUGCAUCAAUCUUAUAUUACAUCUAUUCCUUCCUUUUAUCAGUCAUAUUGAUGAAUAUCUUAAUUGCAUUAUAUUCAACCGCAUACGCGGCAAUUGUUGAAAAUGCCACCGAUGAAUAUUUCGCCUUGGUAGCUCAAAAAACAUUACGUUACAUCCGAGCCCCGGAUCAAGAUCUUUAUGUCCCUCCAUUAAACCUAAUCGAAAUCGUAAUUGGAACAUUUGGGUGGAUGUUACCUAGACGUCUCUACAAAAAACUCAACUAUUACGUCAUGUUAAUCAUCUAUUCCCCCUUAUUGAUCUAUAUCACCACCGAUGAAUUAUCCAACGCCAGAAGAAUCCAAUAUAAUAGAUAUAAAGGUGUUCCUGACGAUGCUAAUGAAAACGAUACCGAAUGGGACUUGACAGACGGAUAUGAUACCACCGACAUAACUGGAAGUACUUGGGAAGGUAUUUGUGAGCGAAACGCGGAAAUCCGAGAUGAAUUAAGAAAUCAAAGAGAGGGAGAACAACAAGAUCCCGAGUUUUUGAUUGAUAUAAAAGAAUUUCGUGGAUUGAUUGAUGAGGUGGUUAAACCAGUUGAAGAUGCCCAUAAGGCGGGGAUUAAGUGGGAAUAUUAUGAGCUUUAUCAAAAGAUUGAUAAAUUGACUGAAUUGGUUCAGAUUCUUGUUAAGGAGAAUCAAGAAUUGAAACAGAAUCCUAGACUGAAGAAAGUCCUAGCAAAAGACUUCAAAAUAAGCUACCGCAAACUCCUAAGUAGACUCUCUGGAAUACCUUCUGUCUAUGAAAGUCGGGAAGACCAACGUAGAUUAACACUUGAAGAAGAAUAUAUGCUAUCUAAUUGGAUCAUGAAUGAAUACCUAAACGAUAGACCAGUUGAUACGAAACGUAUUGAAGAAGUUGCUGUGAAGUUUUUACAUUCGAGAAAUGACGAUACACCAUUAGGAAAGAAAUGGUUUGAGCGAUAUACUGAUAGACAUCCCGAUAUUGAAUUGGUGAAACUUGGAGAGAUCCCGAAGGGAAUAAAUGAGGGUUCGAACCUCAAUAGUGUUAGUAUAAACUCCUCUGAGAAAGGUAUAUCCUGGCUCAAGAAGAUCUUCGAAAAGGAGACAACAAACAACCCUUCGAACGAUUCUGAUGAAUGGAGAUUACUUAUCCUCGAUGGUCAGUCGUUGGAUAUUGUAUCCGAUGAAUUCAUGAUUCAAUGUUAUCAACAUAAGAUCUGGCUAUUAUAUCUCCCACCUCAUUCGUGUCAUCUUACUCAACCUUUGGAUAUUUGUCUACAAUUGACGAGACAAUUAUCAGAUGCGGAGAUAGAGGAUAUACUAAGACUGUCAACUAGGCUGUUCACGGACUCUGAAAAGAGACAGAUCGUAGCUGCUUACAGCAACCGGAGAUCGGAAGUGUUUGGUAAGGAUAAUCUAUUACAAUCUUGGAAAAAAACCGGACUCGUCCCAUAUAAUCCUCAGGAAGUUCUAAGUAGGUCAGAAGUUACGAAACCCGAAUCACCUGGCACUGCUACUUCUCGGGAUGUCAUGUAUAUGCCACCUCAACGAAAGCAGAAUGACGUCAAGUUAGCAAUGGACGCCAUCGCUAGAAGUGAUGAUCCUCUAAAGACCAUUGAAGAGAUUUUGAAGAGUCAGCAUGAGAAGGCUAGGGAACUAGAUGAACGAAAAACUAUGUUGGAAAAGGAAUUGAAAGAGGUGAAAUGUCGGUUGAAGUAUCUACAAGGUGACUAUGAUGAUGAAGAGAUGGAGUUGUUGGAAGAACCCAAACCAAAGAAAACGAGGUUGAGGGAUUCUAAUAUCGUAUUUCUGAAGAAAGUGGGUAAAUUUGGAGGAAAUAUGCUGAGAUGA